AUUAAUAUCCGUUGCGAUGUUUACUCCGUUUAUCUAAACGAUCUCAGAUACAAACGUAUUCAUGAAAAGAAAACUUAAGUACAUGCCGAACCAGUCAAAAAGCCCUAUGAAAAGGAAGGCAAAAAUGUACAUAGCCGGCCUGGCCGGUUUGGGCCUCAUCGUUUUGGUAUCGAUCUACAAUUGUACGAGUAGCGAGAGUCGGCAGGCGAAUGGCCAGAAAUGCUUCUUCUGCGACUUCGCCCACCGCCGCCAAGGACCUCCGCCCGUCCUGGAGGUGGAAACGGCCGAGUACGUGAUCUUCAAGGACAAGUACCCGGCAGCUAAGCAUCACUAUCUGGCCAUUCCCAAGGAGCACUUCGACAGCCUGAAGGCGCUCAAUAAAUCCCACGUAGGAUUGGUCCGGCGCAUGGAGCAGGGCAUGAUGGAGUUCCUGAGAUCGAAGGACGUGGAUCCCAAGGAGGCGAUUGUCGGCUUUCACUUGCCGCCGUUUAUAUCGGUACGCCACCUCCAUCUGCACGGCAUUUACCCGCCUGCCGACAUGAGUUUCGGAAACAGGAUCAGCUUCAUGCCCUCAUUCUGGUUCAAAAAGUCCAAUGAUGCGAUUCUGGACUUGGAGGGCCGGGAUCUGUGAUAUGCGUUUAGUUACUGCAGAUGUGCAAUAUAAAAUUAGAAGUUAUCUCAUUACUGCCCAGUUUAAACAUCGCAGUGGGAGCCACGACCGUAAAAACGUACAAAGAAAUUUAAUUAAUAUUUACAAUUUAUAGUAAAGCAGGGAUUCAUAAUAUUAAAACUA